AUGUCUGAAUCCAUUUAUAUAGUUAGCACUAAAAAAUAUCUAAAACCAAUAAUAGAAACUCAAAUUAUUGGACUUUCUAGAGUGAUAGUUGGAUUACCAAUAGAUCAUGUUUUUGAUAGAUUUAAAACUUUAGUACAAGCUGAAAAUACCCAAUUAUCAAUUCAAUAACUUUUUAAAGAAACUUAUAGAAGAAAUGGAGUAUUAAAAGGUAUCUUUGCUGGAUUUUCAUCUUAAAUAAGCAUUCAAUUGUUUAAACAAUAUUAUAGGUAUAUAUGAAUUACUAAUCCUAUUUUUAGAUGGCCUAUGAUGAUCUUAAUUCCAAAAUAUUAUAAAGAACUCUUACCAUAAUCUUAAAUUGAGAAUCAUCCAGCAUUACAUAAAGGUUUGGCAGGUGCAACAAUUGCGAUAUUUGAAUCCCUUGUAACCUGUCCUUUAGAAAGAAUUAAAUGUCAAUUAAUGACUCAACAUAAGUCAAAAUCAAGUAUCUAAAUUUAAUUUAUCUUUUCUAGUCAUUAAAUAAUUAUGGAAAAAUGAACAUCAAUUUUCACAUUUUGUCAAAAAUGUUUAUACUGGAAUGGAAGCAAUGAUAUUAAAAUAAGUAGUUUCUUGGACUAAUUAUUUAUAUUGGGAUCAUAAAAUAAGAUACUUAUUCAAAGAAAGUCCUAAUUAAGCACUCACUUUACAAUAAAUAGCUAUGUGUAGUUUAUUGACUGCCAUUCCAAAUAUUUUAUUUGUUUAACCAUUUGAUUCUGUUAAGACUGCGUAUUAAAUGGAAAACAACUCAAAUUAUAAAUAAUUAACUAUUCCUCAAGCCUUUCUCAAAGUGUAUUAAGAUAAAGGAUUUAAAGGAUAUUAUGCUGGAUGGUAAUUAAGACUCUCACAAUUUAUUGUAUAAGCAGCCUUAUCUACUCCAGUAAUGGAUUAUUUGGAAAGAUUACAUGGUCUUCCAAAUGAUUUUUGAAAUUAAUAUAAAAUACUUUCAACUGAUUAUUAUUAUUAUUAUG